AUGGAGGAGCUUGCUUCAGCAAUAAGCAACUUCAGCUUCUUGUGGGUGGUCAGAUCUUCAGAGGAGGAAAAGCUCCCAUCAGGGUUUCUUGAGACAGUGGAUAAAGACAAGAGCUUGGUCUUGAAAUGGAGUCCUCAGCUUGAAGUUUUAGCAAACAAAGCUAUUGGUUGUUUCAUGACUCACUGUGGCUGGAACUCAACCAUGGAAGCGUUGACCUUUGGGGUGCCAAUGGUGGCUAUGCCUCAAUGGACAGAUCAACCGAUGAAUGCAAAGUACAUACAAGAUGUGUGGAAGGUUGGAGUUCGUGUAAAGGUGGAGAAAGAAAGUGGGAUUGCCAAAAGAGAGGAGAUUGAGUUUAGCAUUAAGGAAGUGAUGGAAGGAAAGAAGAGCAAAGAGAUGAAGAAGAACGCUGAAAAAUGGAGAGAUUUGGCUGUAAAGUCACUCAGUGAAGGAGGUUCCACAGAUAUCAAUAUAACGCAUUUGUAUCCAAAGUUCAAAUCAAAUAAGUUAUGUUUAAGAUGGUGUUGCAAAGAUCUAUGA